CAUAAAUAUACUGCCAUCUAGAGGGAGUGAGGGACAGAAUAAACUGUUUACUGAAACUCAUGUGCUCUCUUGCUGUGUAAACACUUGACUCAAAAUGCCUCGCAAAACCCCAAAAUAUAUAAAGAAGAGGAAUUUCUUUAGAGGAACACCAUACCAUGUCAUGAAGAAGCUGAAAAAUAGGGAGGAGGAGGUGCAUGAAGCAGCACCAGUAUUAGAAAGCAAGCUAUCCCUCAAAACCAUGAAGAGCCCUGAUCUACCAGAAAGUGGUCCCACAUGCCAAGAUUUACGUAUGGAUCUUGAUGGUUUUUACGUGAUCAGUGGGAAACGGCUUGCAUCUGCUUUGCAAAGGACACAUGUGUGCCAAGGAGGGCACCUGAUUCCUUUGGAAGAUUUGUCAAAGAGGGAGGAGCUGAUUUGCACCCUGGUCCUUCGAUGCUCCAUCUGCAGCAAAGAGGAGGAGUUUUGUACCUCGGAGAAAACAUUUGAAGGGCCACGGAAGUCUGCCGAGAUUAACAGAUGAGCUACACUGCCAGCCAGUAAAAUUGGACUAGCCCUUGGCUUUCUGAAUGUAUUAAAUACAGAUAACUCCUUAACUACUUCAAGGCCUUCUCAUGCUCAUCAUAGUGAAACAGUCUGAGAAGUAAAAUGUCAUGGUUGAGAGGGUCAUAUUACAGCAUUGGAGAAGUCCAGGACAAUACCUACAGUGUGGGACGAUCAAUUGAAUGGGUAACUUUUUCAACAAAAAGAGAUUAACUCAUGGACAGUACUGUGCUCCUCACAAAAGCCAAAAUUGAAAUGUGAGAAGGAUCAUAUUUCUUCACCAAAGAAAUCCUUAAUGAAGGUCUCAACUCUGAUUGGUCUUGACUCUUGGUCUCAAGACCAGUUUCAUCUUGGUUUUGGUCUUGAGCCUUCUGGUCUCAGAUUUUCCAGUCUAGACCAGCACGUGACCACUACAGGGGCAUUUCGGACCUCAAUGAGUUACAUCCAAUCUAUAAUUUACCUAGUUCAUUGCUUGUUCACUUUCCACAUGCUGUGUGCAUUUCAUUUUUAAAGUUUGGAAAACAAUGAAAUAAAUUUAUCCUUUCAAA